UUGAUUAUACAGGAUCUGUCCCACCUCAGUACAUCUUGAGUGAAAACACGGUGGAAACAGCAACCAUGAAUACCCAACAGAUGGAGCAGAUGGGACAGUUCAGAAUCACUGUCUGGGAGGAGGAGAACUUCCAGGGCAAGCGUUGUGAGUUCAUGCUGGAGUGCCAGAACAUCAUGGAGAGGGGUUUCUGCAAGAUCCGCUCCAUCAAGGUCGAGAAUGGACCCUGGGUGGGUUAUGAGUACCCUGAGUUCCAGGGCCAGCAGUUCAUCCUGGAGAAGGGAGAUUAUCCCCGCUACGAGGCCUGGAGCGGCAACAGCAGCUACAGAACCGAGCACAUGCUCUCUUUCAGACCUAUCAAGUGCGCUAACCAUAGUGACAGCAAGGUGACCCUGUACGAGUGUGAAGACUUCAUGGGCCGCAAGUUCGAGAUGUGCGAUGACUAUCCUUCCCUCCAGGCCAUGGGCUGGUGCAGCAAGGAGGUCCCCUCAAUCAAAAUCAACUCUGGAGCUUGGGUGGCCUACCAGUUCCCCGGCUACCGUGGCUACCAGUACAUCCUGGAGAGAGACAGACGCCAAGGAGAGUUCAAACACUACAACGAGUACAGCACCCAGGCUCACACUAACCAGGUCCAGUCUAUCCGCAGAAUUCAGCACUAAGUCCCCGACACUUCAUCCUCCAACGGCUACUAUGUACCGACCAUGCUAUGACAUGUAUUGAAAUAGGCAAUAAAAGCUUUAUUCAAACUAUGGAAACAGAGUGCUUGUGGCAAUUCAUUGCUUUUUGGCAAGACAUUUUAUAACGUCUUUCUGUAGAGGGACGUAACAUUGUAAAACAACAAGCCUGUGAUUUUACGUAAAAUCCUAACACCACAGCGCUGAAAUGACGCAAGCUUUUGUUGAGACAAUACAUCGCCUUGGGUUUGUUUUCAGAGCUAUAUGCUCUGUAUUCAGUAAAACAGAUUGAUUUAGGUUUUUAGGUUAUUAUGACUGAAAACACCUCAUUGAAAUACAAAUCUUCCUGUUAGGCUGUAUUGUUCUUGUCAGAUUGAAUCUUAUUUCCAAUAAACAAGAGCACGUUAUCACGUUUGUUUUCA